AUGUCCGAUGCAGAGCAGAAGACGCCGAACAUGACAGGUGCAAGCGGUGCUGCCUGGUCUGAAGCCGAGAAGAUUGCGUACCUCAUCGUGCUCUGCGAGAACGAGGGCAGGAUCGACGCCAAGAUCGGCAACGCACCUAUCCCCGCUGGCCGCUCCAUCGUCUCGUGCAAGAAGCUGCUCGUGCGUCUGAAACAGAAGCACAAGAACGACAUCGAGAAGAUCAAGAACGGAUUGCCUUUGAGUACUGCAUCUGCCGAUGUCGAGGCCACUGCUAUCCCAGAGAAGCCCAAGGCAACGCCUAGGAAACGCAAGAGCAAGAUCGUUGAGGGUGCGGAUGCUAACAGCGAGGAUGGUGUUGCGGAGGGCUCACCGAAGAAGAAGGUUACUCCGCGCCCUCGCAAGAAGAAAGGCGAGGUGGUCGAAGAGGUCAAGAGCGAGUCGAUUGAGGACGAGGAGAUGAUCUAA